UUCUGAAAAUCAGUUGACUACCAAUAUUACGCAGAAGGUUUUGAAGCUCCACUCUACACUAUCACUAUAUUGCCUACAUAUGGUUUAAAUAUGAAUAUCUGAGGAAUGAAAAACUCAGUCUAAUUUCGAUACCAAAGAAACACAGAAGAUGAGGAAAAUCGCGAUCUUGUUUGUUCUCUUCACAACUGCGCUGGUUGAAUCGAAGGCCCAGUGUCCACGCAUCAUAUCUCGGGCGAAAUGGGGAGCUCGUGCUGCCACCAGUGCCGUUUUACCGAACCGACCGGCACCGUGGGUUGUGAUACACCAUUCGGAGGGAGCUCACUGCACCACCGAUUCCGGAUGCGCUCAGCAGAUGCGCAACAUUCAGAGCUAUCACAUUGACAGCAAUGGUUGGUCCGACAUCGGCUACAAUUGGUGCGUUGGAGAGAAUGGAGCCGCCUACGAGGGUCGAGGUUGGGGCCGCCAAGGAGCCCAUGCUCCGAAAUAUAAUGACCGUUCGGUUGGUAUUUGCAUGCUAGGAUCAUUUAUGGAUGUUGUUCCGAAUGUGGCCGCUCGUCGGGCUGCUCAGUCGCUGAUCCAGUGCGGUAUAUCCUUGGGACAUAUUGACAGUUCCUAUUGGUUGAUUGGACAUCGACAAGUCAAGGAUACGGACUGUCCCGGUAAUGCGCUGUUCAAAGAGAUUCACAGUUGGUCUCGGUUUAAAUCGAACGUAUGAUGAUUUUUUUUUUUGACAAUUGACAACGGAAGAAAACAAUUACUAAACUGUCAGAUUAAACCGGCCCCCUGUCACGACGCCAUCUUGAUGAGAUCAAAAUCGGAACUUCAAAAUCAGCUGAUUGCAAUGUAAACAAACAAACAGUAAUACAUUUGUUUUACGCGUUUACCUUGUUUAGUGCACGAAAAUUAGUGAAUUUUGGCUCGACUCUCUCACAAUAACUUGUCGGUUUACCUAAAAUACAGCAGACAGUGUUUUGGGACAUCAACUGAGGAUAAAUUUUCACAAUUUGAGAGUCGCGAUGAGUAUCAAAACAUCGCAGUGUUUGGGGCUCGAAACGCGAGGGGCUCAACGUAAUCGGUAUACUUUCAAAUGGCUGGUGCUCACAUACCGGUGUCAGA